UCACGACAUAUCGACGAAUAUUAUAAACUGCUAUAUCAAAAAUAAGAAAGAGAUCAUAAUUUUAUCAAAUACUAUUUAAUGAAAAAGAAUGAUAAAAGCAGAAAAUUGUAAAAUAAUUGACAAGCGCGGGAACUAGUUUAAGUUUAUUCUCGUAUCUGCACUUUCUGCACUCGCGUCUCGUUUAUUCUUCCUUUAAUAUGACCUACAUGUUUAUCUCGCUUUAAAUGCAAAAAUGCUAGAGAGUAUGAACAAUGCAAAUAAAUCUUUUGUAGUGCAAAUAAUAUCACGUGACAAAUAUCCGAAAAAUACAAACAAAAUACAGUAACGUUUAUUCUUCUUGCAUCUUUUUAAUGAACUCUUUAACAUCUUCUGCACCUAAGGCGAAUUAGCUGUAUCAUAUAUGCAAGUAUUAGAGAAAGAAAGAAUAAAAACUUCGAAUAUAAGAAGUGCAAAAGGAGUCAGUAAACAAAUCUGAAGUUGUCAGAUGGGAAUCUGAAUCAGUUGUUAAUUAUUAGAUGAACAGUUAAAAAAAGGAAUAAAUAGACAAAAGUAGUAGAUUUACAGGGAUUAAAAGAGAAAAAUGACGUUUGGUCAAGACAUUGUUUAACUUCAUGAGGGAGAUUGGAAAAAUAAUAUAACAUUGAAAAGCGAAGUGAUAAAUUAUAUAUAAGAUCAAGAAAUGUGUGUCACAUAACCUAGAAGGAUAGAUUUUGAAGAUACAUAAAAAUUUACUAUCCGAUGGCAAUCAAUAAAAAAGAAAUCGGCUAUUAAUAAAUUGUGUUAAUUGUAUAUAUUGAACGAAUAAGUUUUUUUAGAUUAAAAUGAACGUAAAAAAGUAUAUUCAUCCGAGGAACAAAUACAAGCGACCUCCGGAUUACAAGAAACUCGCAAUCCUAUAUCCGGAAUUCCGUGAAAUUGCGAUAAUGGAUUUCUCAGGAAAGAUGAGGAUUGAUUUCAAAGAAAGGAAGAGUCUGCAUGUACUCACAGAAACACUUUUGAAACAUGAUUUUGAUUUACACGUGAACAUUCCACCAGAUAAUUUAAAUCCGGCAAUUCCACUACGUUUGAAUUAUAUUUUGUGGAUUGAAGAUUUGAUGAUGCAUUCUAAAUUACAAAUGGAUAAAGUCACAGGCAUCGACAUUGGAACAGGAGCAGUUUGUAUAUAUGCUUUGUUGCUGGCAAAAAUCUAUAAAUGCCAAAUGAUUGGCACAGAAGUGAAUAAAGACAGCGUGAAGCAUGCCCAGGAAUGUGUAAGGAGAAAUAAAUUGCAAAAUUUAAUUGAAAUAAUUACAGUGAACUCCAAUAGAAUUUUUAAGGAUACAAUGCAGAAUGACAAAGUUUAUGACUUCUCAAUGUGCAAUCCGCCGUUUUUUGAGAGUGAGGAUGAUGGUUUUGACAAAGUGGCAAAGAUUCUGCCACCGAGAAAUGCGUCCACUGGAAAUGACGGUGAGUUGAAAACCGAAGGUGGUGAAGUGGCCUUUGUAACGAGAAUGAUCGAAGAGAGUGUCGAGAUGCAAGAUCGAAUAAAGAUUUACAGUACAAUGAUCGGCAAAAAAGCCGACUUGGCUAGUUUACGACGAUUACUAAGAUCAAGAAAUAUAACGAAUAUUACGUGGACCGAAUUUUGUCAGGGUUAUACGACUCGAUGGGGUUUGGCUUGGAGUUUUGUACCACAAAAUAUUGUAAAUUUGACUACGGCACCUGUCAUCAGGAAACGUGGAAAAUCCAUUGUGCGAUCAUUAAAGAAUUAUAAAAUCUCAAUAACAUUUCCCAUGAACGAUAAGUUUUCCUACAUAGAUGAUAUGAUCAGUUUUAUAAGAGCAACGGCAGAAGAAUUAAAUAUCGAACUGCAAAAUGCAUCUGAAGAUAAUUUCGACAACUGGUCUUGUCAGAUAAUUGCUCGAGAAAGAUCAUGGGAACAUACACGUAGGAAGCGGCGUUUAGCGCAACAAAUUGCGAUGAAAAGAGCGAAAGGCGAAACUGACGAGUGUAUUGAAGCAAAUAUGUGCAUUGAAGAAACUUCAAUUAAAAUUGAAAAUGACAUGAAGAAAUUAAAUGAAGAAAGAUCUGAUAAAAAAUUGUUCGAUGACACUCCUCUGCUUGUUUGUAAGUUAUGGGUUGAAGUUAUGGGGAUUGAAAGUUCUGAUUCUGAGGAUAUAAUUACACAAUCUGACGAGAUAUUCAGGAUAUGGAUGAUAUUCGAAGAUGGACAUGGUGGUUUGGACGCAUUACAUUCGCUGCGACAAUAUUUAAUAAACAAAUUAGGAGUAAGGGAGAAAAUAUUAGAUAAUCCAUUAAAGAUUAAGAAAAAGAAAAGUUGAAAAAGGAUACACAAAAGGAUAGUCAUCAAUACUUCGAUUAUAACAUUUAAAUAAAAUUUACUGAAUAAUAAACAGGGUACAAAG